AUUGAUUGCUUGGGUUUGUUUUUUUUUAGAAUAAUUGGAAUUUGAGAAGUAGAUUUAGUUGAAUUACUUUUGUUCUGUGAUACUGUCCAAUCUGCUUUCUUGGCUAUUCUUAGUGAACUACUAUACCACCAGAUUUAUUUUUCUUUCGGCAGGUGCUUAGAUUGGCUAGCAGAGAACAUCUUAGAACAGUAUUGCAGAACAUUUUGUGGUUUUCUUUUUUUAAUUGUUGUCUGCACUGGUAAAGGUGCCUGGGAUAUCAUGAAUGUCUUGUCUCUUCAUUGAGCUGGGACCAAAUUUAUUAGUUAUGUUCAUACACACCAAUUUGAAGAAAUUAAAGGACAAUCCAUAUAGUUUUAAGUGAUCUGUAUGUGAACCUUAAAAUUUAUUUGAAAUGAGAUUUCAUCAUAAAAUUGGUUUGAAUUUGGCUAAGAAAUUCUUUGUCCAAAGUAGUAUACAGGCAACUGCCUCUGCUUUGUCUUGUUGCAUCCCUUGAUCAGAGAGCAACGUGUGGGUUUAGUUUGUAUCAAAUAACUGUAUUUUUAGCUCUUGGUUUAGCAUAGGCUAUUCCAGAGUUUCUGGUAGAAUGUAAAUCCUGUGGUGUGUGGUGCCAUGAGUAAAAUCUGUGCUGUGCAAUGUUAACCGUUGUCAGGUUAGUCCCAAACAGAUCUGUAACUGAUAAACACAAAUAGAUGAAACAAGUAUCAUACAGUGAUUCUGAAUUUAUUUUGGGCUGUGCAAGAUAACCUAUAGUUUCUAUGCUUUAUACUUUGAUUAGUCUGAUAAAGUAUGUUGUUUCUGUUUCUACAGAGAUCCACUUUGCUGGGGUUUUUUUACUAGCCCUAUACAGAAACUAAAACUCUGAUUGGAGAUCUCCCCUUUAUUCCUCCUCCCCUUUCUUGCAAAAGAGGCUGGAUAGGAAGCACCUUUGUUUCUACUUGUUGUUAGGCAUUGCAGAAACACUGUGUAAUUAAGGAAAAGUAGUACUAAAUUUAGCAUGUAAUUAAUGUGUUGAUGAACAAAAUUACUAGUUUUACAGUAAUAAUUUUAGAAAUUUUUAUGUCACUGCAAAGGUAUCUCAUUGCACAGCAGGAAAGAAAUGAACAGGCUUGGAAGUUUUCAAGUACAUCUAAAGAUUCUAAAGGUGUUUAAGCUCUGAAUAUUUACAAGCCCUUCGUAUAUAACAAUGUCUGGCUCAUAUGAUGAUUCCGUUGGAGUAGAAGUUUCUAGUGAUAGCUUCUGGGAGGUUGGAAAUUACAAGAGGACAGUAAAACGAAUUGAUGAUGGCCACAGACUUUGCAAUGAUCUCAUGAAUUGUAUUCAUGAACGGGCACGGAUAGAGAAGGUCUAUGCUCAGCAGCUCACAGAAUGGGCUAAAAGGUGGAAGCAACUUGUGGAGAAAGGCCCACAGUAUGGAACAGUAGAAAGGGCUUGGUGUGCUUUUAUGUCAGAAGCUGAAAAAGUGAGUGAACUGCAUCUAGAAGUAAAAGGUUCACUGAUGAAUGAAGAUUUUGAAAAAAUCAAGAACUGGCAGAAGGAAGCCUUUCAUAAGCAAAUGAUGGGAGGAUUUAAGGAAACCAAAGAAGCAGAAGAUGGAUUUAGGAAAGCUCAGAAACCCUGGGCAAAAAAGCUGAAAGAGGUGGAAGCUGCAAAGAAAGCUUACCAUGCUGCUUGCAAGGAGGAGAAACUGGCUAUAUCCAGAGAAACAAACAGCAAAGCUGAUCCAGCACUGAAUCCUGAACAGCUCAAGAAAUUACAAGACAAAGUGGAAAGAAGCAAACAAGAUGUACUAAAGACAAAAGAGAAGUAUGAGAAGUCACUGAAAGAAUUAGAUAAUGCCACUCCUCAGUAUAUGGAGAACAUGGAGCAGGUAUUUGAGCAGUGCCAGCAGUUUGAGGAAAAGCGGUUGCGUUUCUUCCGAGAAGUGUUACUGGAAGUCCAGAAACACCUUGACUUGUCCAACGUUGCAAGUUACAAAAAUAUCUACCGUGAGCUGGAACAGAAUAUCAAAACAGCAGAUGCUGUUGAAGACUUGCGGUGGUUCAGAGCUAAUCAAGGUCCAGGGAUGUCCAUGAAUUGGCCUCAGUUUGAGGAUGACGAGUGGUCUGCAGACCUGAAUCGCACUCUCAGUAGAAGAGAAAAGAAGAAGGCUUCUGAUGGAGUGACUCUGACUGGCAUCAAUCAGACAGGAGACCAAGUUUCACAGCCUAACAAACAUAGCAGCAGUCUUAGUGUCCAGAGUAACACAGUGCAGUCAGUACAAUCAAGUUACAAUCCCUUUGAAGAUGAAGAAGAUACUGGGAGUACUGUCAGUGAAAAGGAGGACAAUAAGAUCAAAAAUGUUAGCAGCUAUGAGAAAAACCAAAGCUACCCUACAGAUUGGUCUGAUGAAGAGUCCAACAACCCCUUCUCCUCCACUGACGCAAAUGGAGACACCAAUCCCUUUGAUGAAGACACCCCUCCUGCCAUGGAGGUGAGAGUACGUGCACUCUAUGACUAUGAGGGCCAGGAGCAAGAUGAGCUCAGCUUUAAGGCUGGGGAUGAGUUAACCAAAAUGGAGAAUGAGGAUGAGCAGGGCUGGUGCAAAGGACGCCUGGACAAUGGACAAGUUGGUUUAUACCCAGCAAACUAUGUGGAACCAAUCCAGUGACAAAGGACAAAAUAAACACAGAAGUGUCACAAGAGCUCUGUAGGCCUGUACAGUGUAUUUAGGUGAAGUGAGAGGAAACUGAAUGGAUGUAUAGAGUGUAUAUAUUUUAAUGAAAAGGUGAGAGCUUGAUACCCAGAUAAGGCUGAAUGAAAGAAAAAAGCUUGACAUUGUUCUCACAACUUGUACACAAUGCAAAGGAAAGGAAUAAGGUUGAAAAAAUAGUAUGAUAGGAAAAAUACUUUUUAAACUUUUUCUUCCCACAUGGUCUGUUAUUGUGGAUCCUAAACAUUUUUGCAUUUUCUAUGCUUAUGCCUCAUCCUACCCCAGAUAUGUGGCUUACUCUGACUUUUGUUCAAUCAGUUAUUUUAGUGACCUUCAGUAACUUGCAACUUGAAUUUAAAAGAUUAUUAUAGUUAAUUUUUUAUUUGUUCUUAUCAAUGUCUGAAAGAUGAAGUAUUUUUUUAUUUAAAUGCUAUGUAGUUAAACACCUUUUUGUAUGCUUUAUCAAUUAAUACUUAAAUUAUGACAUAGAUUUAGUUACCACUUGACUGAAUGAAAGCUCUUUCAUGUUGUAGUAAUCUUUCUGUGUUGUCAGCAUGGCUUGAAGUUGUAAAUGGAGUUGUAAAACAAAAUACUGUAUUUAAUAAAUAUCUGUUACAGAAGGUUAUUUGUAGCAGAGAUACCUGCAGGUGUCAUGGGCUGGGAUUCUAUUACAAAUGUUCUUUAUGUGGGUUGACACUUGAACUAAGAGUUUUCCAUCUAGAUCUUAAGUGUCAUUCAAAAGAAAUAUGAAUUCUGCAUAAGCCCCAGAAGAGUGGCUAUUUCCAGUACAUGUUUGCAGGGAAAGAAAUAUCUCCUUCUAACUGCUAAUGAUUUUUGGGUGAUUUGAAAUGUUAAAUCUGUGAAGGCUGAUUAUCUUGAACAGAGAAGACUGUAAAAUAGACUAAAUGCUUUUAUUAAUAGCCUAUCUAUGUUGUGUAUAUGUACAUAUAAUUUGAUAUUCCAAAAUAUGAAGAGCAUGGCUAUUAGUUAUCAAGCCUUUUGGUGUCAAUAAGAUUUAGACUAUUUUAAGAGUUUAAAUUAUAGGUAUAUUUAAAUCUGCUUUCCUGCCAUAUUCAUUACUGUACCAUAGACAAAGUAUUCUGUGAUAAGAUUUUUCAGAAGUACAGUAAAUACACUAAUAUACUCAAAAUCAGUAUUUGUGGAUAAAUUAAUGAGUCAAAGUAUAAACUAGCUUUAGUCCAAACACGGAUUAUUGUAGCAGAACACUGUAAAAUCUACAUUUGUUUGCAGUUACAACUUGGCCAGCUGUAAUCAUCAAAUAUGCACUUGUGACAUUGAAAACUGGGUUGUAAAACUACAGCAGAUCUGUGUUAAAACUAUCAGGUAAGUAGAUAUGCCAUGUCAGGAAGCUAUACUGUAAUGAAGUUGACAAAUCUUUUUAAAACACUGUCAGUAAUCUUGGACCCUAUCGUUUGCCUUUUGAGCUUAUAGAUAUAUUUAGUCAUCACUUUCAGUGAAUCCAAAUGUGCAAGCUUAAAAAGUGGAUGUAUGUAUAUGUCUGUCAACGAAAACUUAACAACAUAUCUAUUCAUCCACAGGGCAGUUGCUAAAAUUGUCAGGAAUUACUGGUUUGGGUCUUUGUAUUGUAAAAUAUUUUAGAAAACAAUAAAAUCUGUUAAUCUCUUAAAUACA